AUGGCACCCCUAUCGCUAGAAGACCCGACCGUGCAGUCGUACCUGCUAUACUCAGCUAUCUUGGCACUUAAAGUUCUGGCUGUUGCCUUCUUGACCGCAAGGGCCCGAAUCAGUAGAAAUGUGUUCGCGAACCCUGAAGACGCUCGUGCAAGAAAGGGGGUAGUAAAAUACGAUGACCCCGACGUGGAGCGAGUUCGUCGCGCGCACCUCAACGACUUGGAGAACAUUCCCGUGUUCUGGGUGCUGGGCGCGCUGUACCUGACCACUGCGCCCUCCGCCUGGCUCGCCACCAUGCUGUUCCGUCUUUUCACCGCCGGCCGAAUACUCCAUACUCUGGUCUACGCCGUGAAGCCAAUGCCACCACCAAGUCGAGCCAUCGGCUUCAGUAUUCCUUACCUUAUCUCAGUCUUCAUGGGAGUCCAAGUAGUGCUAUACUACAUCAGUGCGCUGUGA